GCUUUUUUUUGUUCGUAGUAGGGUUGCAGCGGAUAGUACGCCACCUCUCUCCUCUCGAUCUCGAAGACAAUCUCCCUGCUUCAUCGUCCUCUUCUCCUUCUUCCUGAGCUCUCUCUGUAGGGCGUCAAAAUGGGAGCUUCUCUUCCUCCUAAAGAGGCCAACCUCUUCAAGCUCAUCGUCAAAUCUUAUGAGACUAAGCAAUACAAGAAAGGGCUGAAGGCAGCAGAUGCCAUAUUAAAGAAGUUUCCCAAUCACGGGGAGACUUUAUCCAUGAAAGGGUUGACUCUGAACUGUAUGGACCGCAAAACUGAAGCAUAUGAGCUAGUUCGACUUGGUGUGAAGAAUGACAUCAAAAGCCACGUUUGCUGGCAUGUGUUUGGUCUUCUGUAUCGGUCAGACAGAGAGUAUAGAGAGGCCAUCAAAUGCUACAGGAAUGCUUUAAGAAUAGAUCCUGAUAAUAUUGAAAUACUCAGAGACCUCUCACUCUUGCAGGCACAAAUGCGGGACUUAUCUGGUUUUGUGGAGACAAGGCAGCAGCUUUUGACUUUAAAACCCAAUCAGCGCAUGAACUGGAUUGGCUUUGCAGUCGCCCAGCAUUUACACUCAAAUGCUUCAAAAGCUGUUGAAAUUUUGGAAGCGUACGAAGGCACCUUGGAGGAUGAUUAUCCUCCUGCGAAUGAGCGAUGUGAGCACAGCGAAAUGCUCCUAUACAAGGUUUCCCUGCUAGAGGAGAUUGGUUCCUUUGAGAGAGCUCUCGGAGAGCUGCAUAAGAAAGAGCCGGAAAUAGUGGAUAAGUUGGCUUACAAAGAACAAGAGGUGUCUCUCUUGAUAAAGCUUGGCCGUCUGGAAGAAGCUGAUAAACUCUACAGGGUGUUGCUUUCUAUGAACCCUGAUAAUUACAGAUAUUACGAAGGACUUCAAAAAUGCCUUGGAUUGCAUUCAGAGAAUGGUCAAUUUUCAUCUGAUGAGAUUGAGCGGUUAAAUGCCUUGUACCAAUCUCUUAGCCAGCAAUACACUUGGUCAUCUGCUGUUAAGAGAAUACCAUUGGAUUUUCUGCAACAUGAGAAGUUUAAGGAAUCUGCAGGAAACUACAUUAAGCCUCUUUUGACUAAGGGUGUUCCUUCAUUGUUUUCUGAUCUCUCUUCUCUGUAUGAUCACCCAGGCAAGGCUGAUAAUUUAGAGCACCUGGUUAUUGAGAUGGAACAUUCAAUUAGGGCUACUGGAAAAUACCCUGGAAGUGAUGUGAAAGAGCCCCCCUCAACACUUCUGUGGACUCUUUUUUUCUUGGCUCAGCAUUAUGACUGGCGUGGUCAAUAUGAUGUUGCCCUCUCUAAAAUUAAUGAGGCUAUUGAACAUACUCCCACAGUUAUUGAUCUGUACUCAGUUAAGAGCCGGAUACUGAAGCAUGUGGGAGAUUUAACUGCUGCAGCAGCACUCGCCAAUGAAGCUAGAUGCAUGGACCUAGCUGAUCGUUACGUGAACAGUGAAUGUGUCAAGCGUAUGCUUCAAGCAGAUCAGGUGACCUUGGCUGAGAAAACUGCUGUGUUGUUUACAAAAGAUGGUGAUCAGCAUAACAAUCUUCAUGACAUGCAGUGCAUGUGGUAUGAACUUGCGUGCGGAGAAAGCUACUUUCGUCAGGGUGAUCUUGGACGGGCUUUAAAGAAAUUUUUGGCUGUGGAGAAGCACUACGCCGACAUUUCUGAAGAUCAAUUUGAUUUCCACUCCUACUGUUUAAGGAAAAUGACAUUACGUUCAUAUAUUGACAUGCUCAAGUUCCAAGAUCGAUUGCAUGCUUUCCCAUAUUUCCACAAAGCUGCAGCUGGAGCCAUCAGGUGCUACUUGAAACUGUACGAUUCUCCCAAGUCAACUGCUGAAGAAGAUGAGAUGUCAAAGUUGCCUGCUGCUCAGAAGAAGAAAAUCAAGAAGCAGAGAAAGGCAGAAGCCCGGGCUAAGAAAGAAGCUGAGAGUAAGAGCGAAGAAUCAACUGCUAGUGCUGUCUCCAAGUCCGGCAAACGUAACGUGAAACCUGUGGACCAUGAUCCUCACGGGGAGAAAUUGCUGCAGGUUGAAGAUCCAAUGGCGGAAGCUUCGAAGUACUUGAAAUUACUCCAGAAGAACUCGCCUAAUUCUCUUGAGACUCACUUACUCUCUUUUGAGGUUAAUAUGAGAAAGCAAAAAUUGUUGCUUGCAUUCCAGGCUGUAAAACAAUUGCUGAAAUUGGACGCGGAGAACCCUGAUUCACAUCGUUGCUUGAUCAAAUUCUUCCUAAAGACAGGAUCAAUGGACACUCCAUCCACUGAAGCUGGAAAACUCCUUUGGAGUGUCCUAGAGGCUGAGCGCCCCUCAAUCAUCCAAUUGCAGAAUAAAGCAUUAUUGGAGGCAAACAAAGAAUUUCUUGAUAGACAUAAAGGAUCUUUGAUACACAGAGCAUCAUAUGCGGAAAUGCUGUAUGUUCUAGAUCCAAGCAAGAAAUCCGAGGCUACAAAAUUAAUCGAAGACUCACCCAACAAUGUGGUCCCAAUAAACGGAGCAGUAGGAACAGUAAGGGAAUGGAAACUGAAAGAAUGCAUCGCAGUUCACAAGCUCCUGGACACUGUUCUUCUUGAACCCGAUGCUGCAUCCAGAUGGAAAUGGCGUUGUGCAGAGCUGUUUCCCUAUUCCACGUAUUUUGAAGGCAAACUCAGCUCAGCCAUUCCAAACUCAGAGUACAAUUCGUCGAGUAAGAUCACCAAGAAUGGUGCAGUGCCAAUGGGUCAGACCCAACUCAUCGACGGCAAACUCCAAGAUGCAUUCGAGAACCUCUCCGUCGUCUCAUAGACACGAAACGCCUCUUCUUUUUGGCUUACAAGAGAACCUCGAGGGGGAGGGGACCAAACCAUCGGAACCAACAAAGAUCUAUUUAUGGAAAGCCAUCCGUUUGAGACACAAGAUCAUUCCCCUCCUUUUUUUGCAGGCUUUUGGAUCAGUAGAGCAAAGAUGGAGUUUUUAAUGUACACAAAGAUGAUAAAAUGUGUAUAAUUUUUACAAGGGCAGGGCCGAGUUUCAUUAACAAAAAAACAUUUUUGGAGCUUUGAUGUAGUACCUUUUGUUCUCUUUGAAUUUGUUUCUCGAUUUCAUAAGAUCACCUUAUUAUAUG